AUGGCUCCCUCGGUCAAGCAGCGAAAGAUCGCUGUUCUGGGCAGUAGAUCUGUCGGCAAAUCCUCUCUGACCGUCCAAUACUGCGAAAAACAUUUUGUGGAAAGCUACUAUCCUACAAUCGAGAACACAUUCAGCCAUGAAAUUCCCUACAAGGGCCAGACGUUUCUCACCGAAAUCAUCGAUACUGCUGGACAGGACGAGUACAGUCUCAUGAAUUCGAAGCUGUAUAUCGGUAUACAUGGCUACCUUAUCGUCUACUCGGUGGCCUCGCGGCAAUCCUUUGACAUGGUGAGGAUUAUCCGAGACAAGCUCUUGAAUCAUCUGGGUGCCGAGUCCGUUCCCAUUAUGAUCGUCGGCAACAAGAGCGAUGUCGACGCCAAAAAGCAGCGCAAGGUCACCGCCGAAGAAGGGCAAAAGCUCGGACAGGAACUCAACUGUGGUUGGAUUGAGACCAGCGCACGGAAUAACCACAACGUCGCGAAAGCCUUCGAGAUGAUGAUCGCCGAAAUCGAGAAGUCGCAGGAACCAGACAAGCCUGCCGGUGGUGGCAAGUGUGCGGUGAUGUGA